AUGAACGGUGCCGACAAGUUCCGACACGCUUCAAUACGCGCUGGUCAGCGCUGGGCGCUGCCAUUUAAAAUUAAUAAACAACUGCGACAACACGCGCAAAUUACGGCAAGCAUAUUUAUUUUGAUAGAUAUUAAAAUGGAUAGUGACGUGUUGAUAUCCUUAGUCUUUAGUAAGCAACCUCUGUGGGACAAAAGGGAUAAAAGGCAUUGUAAUAGAAAGGUGAUUGACAAAUGUUGGAAAGAAAUAAGCGAGGCAAUGAAUGAAGACGGUGAUUCUAUUCUCGACCAAGACAAUCCCGAUCUAGACAAUCUCGAUCAAGACAAUCUCAAUCAAGACGAUCAAGCCAGCCCAAGCAAAGUCUCGGAGAAGAUAGAAAGCACCAAAACACAGAAAAAGAGUUCAGUACCACGCAAAAAAAUUCCAUAG